AUGGAGAAUACAUCAAAUUUGAAUAAUUUGGAUUUGGGUAACAAUCAAGGAGCAACUGUACCACUUCCAUCAACAUCAGCGGAAGACUAUGUGAACGAUCCUGUACUUGAAGAACAAUGGGCAAUGAAAGCAUUUCAACAUGCAGAGACAUACUUCAACUUGCUUUCUACAAUUGAUCCACGACAAUUUCGAUUGACUCGUCAUGAUGAUCAGAUCUAUUCGCGUUUUCGUGAAGUAUUCCCAAAACUUAAAAUAGACGUUCUCGAUGAGAAUGAACUCAAAUCAGCGGAAGGCAAACAACAAUGGAGAACAUUCUGUGAAGAAUUUCGAGAGUUGGUUGACGAUUAUAACUAUGGUACAUUGGUACGGACUGAUGCACAAGGAGAAUAUUCAAGCGAAAAUACCAUUCUCGUGGUGCGAGUUCAAUUCUAUGCAAUUGAAAUCGCCCGUAACCGUGAAGGUUUCAAUGAUUCGAUUCGGAAUAUAUUUGGUAGAAAGAAAUGA